ACUCUGACUCAGGCCUCCCUUCCAUUGAAGUAUUGAACCCUAUUACCAUUAGACUUCCCUUCUCCUCAUUGUCGCCAUGGCCUCGUUUCUGUUCCAGCAAUGUCUUCCCGUCUCUUUACUCCUCCUCCUUAUACCACUCCUAAUCUCGCCGGCUCAUUCUCUUAAAUGUACGUCACAGAACUUCACAGGCGGCAGCACCCACUACACGAACUGCACCGACUUGCCCUCGCUCAACGCGUAUCUCCAUUGGACCUACGAGUCCACCAACAAAACUCUCUCAAUAGCCUUCAUCGCCCCACCCCCUAAAUCCGACGGCUGGGUCGCCUGGGCCAUCAACCCAACGGCAACAGGGAUGGCCGGUGCACAAGCUCUGUUAGCAUACAAAGCCGCUAACGGCUCUAUGGUCGUUAAAACCUACAAUAUUAGCUCCUAUAGUUCCGUUGUUGAGUCGAAGGUUUGGUUCGACGUUUUGGACAAGAAAGCUGAGUUCUCUGGCGGGGUUAUAAGGAUUUUUGCCAAGCUGGCAUUGCCGGAGAGUCUGACGACGGUGAACCAAGUUUGGCAGGUGGGGCCGUCGGGGAAGGCAGGGCCCGAAAAGCACGAGUUCAAGCCGGAGAAUUUGAAUGCUAAGGGCACGUUGCAGUUGGUUGAGGGUGCCGGGGAAAUUAGUCCGGCUCCUAGCCCGAGUCCCGGUGCGAGUGGGCCCAGUGGUAAUGGGACCCGUCAAAGUGGGAGAGAUAAUGCAGGUUGUGGAAGGACUUGGAAUAAGGGGUUCUGGAGUUUCUACGGGUUUUUGUUGGUUUGGGGGAUUUUAGUUUUGGGUUUUUGAUUUUAAAAUUACGGGAUGUUUUUCGACACGGUAAUACAAAUGGCCUGCACGGAUCAUUAGAGUGAUUAGGUGGACAAAAAAAAAAAAAGAGAGAUUCUUAUUCCUAAAUUCAGGGUAUAUGAAUACAGGGAGUGAUUUCUUUCUUUCUCUCUUGUUUUCUAGCUAAAAUUUGCAACUUUUUUUAUUCCUAGUGCUCCAAUUUUAAAACGUUGUAUCGUUUUUAUGGUAGAUUUGGAUGCUUGACCCAAAAAGUAAAUAAGAAGCUCCUUUUUAAUCCAUGAGUUUUUUGACAACAA